AUGGUCUUGUUAUAUGUGGAUGACAUGAUCAUUAUUGGAAAUAAUGAAGUUGAGAUUUCUAUGUUAAAAAAUGAUCUUUCAGUUCGACUUGAAAUGAAGAAUUUGGGGGAAGUGAGCUGUUUUCUUGGUCUGGAAAUUGAAAAAACAGAUCAAGGAUAUUUUGUUUCUCAAAAGACAUAUGAGAGGAAACUAUUGCAGUGUUUUGGUAUGGGGGAGUCGAAAGAAAAGCCAACUCCAAUGGAACCACAUCUCAAGAUGAUGAAAGCUGAAGGAAAUCCAUUAAAAUAUGCCAAAGAAUUUCAGCAACUUGUUGGUAAUUUAAUUUAUUUAACUAUCACAAGACCGGAGAUUUCUUAUUCUGUUGGAAUUGUUUCUCAGUUCAUACAGUGUCCAAGAAGCUCACAUCUAGAUGCAGCAAGGCGAAUUCUUCCUUAUGUGAAGGGCUCACUAGAUUAUGGUCUUAUGUACAAAAGACAUGAGAAAUUCAUGUUAAAUGGAUUUACUGACGCGGAUUGGGCUAGAUAUACAAAUGAUAGACAUUCAACUUAA